AGCGCCCGAGGCGCGCGGGGCGCGGGGCGCGGGGCGGAGCGGCCAUGGCAGCUCCGGAGCCGCUGUCCCCCGCGGGCGGCGCGGGCGAGGAGGCGCCGGAUGAGGACGAGGACGAGGCGGAGGUCGAGGACCCCGAGCGGCCGGGGGCAUCGGGCGGCGCGCGCGGGGGCGGCGGAGGUGGCGGCGGGGCCGGGCCCGGGAGCUGCGGCGGUCCGGGGAGCGCGCUCACCAGGCGCGCGGUCACGCUGCGGGUGCUCCUCAAAGACGCGCUGCUGGAGCCCGGCGCCGGGGUGCUGUCCAUCUACUACCUGGGGAAGAAGUUCGUGGGAGACCUGCAGCCCGAUGGGAGGAUUGUGUGGCAGGAAACGGGCCAGGUGUUCAACUCACCCAGUGCCUGGGCCACCCAUUGCAAGAAGCUGGUGAACCCGGCCAAGAAGUCUGGCUGUGGCUGGGCCUCCGUCAAGUACAAGGGCCAGAAACUGGACAAGUACAAGGCUGCCUGGCUCCGGCGAAACCAGCUCCAUAUGCCUGCAGCUGCUGCCGAUGAGAGCCCGGCCAGCGAAGGGGAGGAGGAAGAGCUGAUGAUGGAGGAAGAGGAGGAGGAGGUUCUGACAGGAGCCUCCGCGGAGGACAAGAGUCGGAGACCACCGGCGAAGGGCCCCUCGGAGCCUGUCCACCCGGAGGCCACGCCCCCAGGGAAAAGGGUGGAAAACAAGAUCCGGGUGCCGGUGCGCUACUGCAUGCUGGGUAGUCGCGACUCCGCUAGGAACCCCCACACCCUGGUGGAAGUAACAUCCUUCUCAGCUAUCAACAAGUUCCAGCCGUUCAACGUGGCCGUCUCCAGCAACGUGCUGUUCCUGCUGGACUUCCACAGCCACCUGACCCGCAGCCAGGUCGUGGGGUACCUGGGGGGCCGCUGGGACAUCAACAGUCAGAUGCUCACGGUACUCAGAGCCUUCCCCUGUCGGAGCCGGCUGGGGGACGCGGACACCGCGGCCACCGUGGAAGAGGAGCCGCGUCUCUGCCCCCAGAUCUACCAGAGCCUGCUCCUGCGGGGCCUGUCCCUGGUGGGCUGGUACCACAGCCACCCGAACAGCCCGGCGCUGCCGUCGCUGCAGGACAUCGACGCGCAGAUGGACUACCAGCUGCGGCUGCAGGGCUCCAGCAACGGCUUCCAGCCCUGCCUCGCGCUGCUCUGCUCCCCUUACUACCCUGGCAACCCUGGCCCUGAGUCCAAGAUCUCGCCCUUCUGGGUGAUGCCGCCCCCUGAGCAAAGGCCCAGUGACUAUGGCAUCCCCAUGGAUGUGGAAAUGGCCUACGUCCAGGACAGCUUCCUGACUAAUGACAUCCUUCAUGAGAUGAUGCUGCUGGUGGACUUCUACAAGGGCGCCCCUGACCUCGUCAGGUUCCAGGAGCCUUGGAACCAGGAGCACACCUACCUCGACAAGCUCAAAAUCUCCCUGGCCAGCCGGAUGCCCAAGGACCAGGGCCUGUGCCACGUGCUGGAGCAGGUUUACAGCGUCCUCAAGCAGGGGAGCUGAGGGCACCGGCCUCCAAGGACCUGGGAGCCCUCUGGUCAGACGCGGCACCCUCACGGCUCUGGGUGCAGGGAGCGGGUCCAGGGCCUUUGUCUGUGCUGCCCUGUGCCUACGGGACUGAGGCGUGUGAGGGGCUCAGAUAAUAAAGGAGAAGC